GUUUGACGAUGAUUUUUGGGCAACUGCGUGGGUCUCCGAAGCACAGCACGUCAGUCACCAGAAAGAAGAAAGAACGAAGAACGAAGAACGAAGCACUCUGUUCUUCUCCAUACAUCCCUCUCUCUCGUCCCCGACCACUCACCGUCAUCGCAGGGCGUUCUGGGCGAAGGAGGGAGGGAGGGAGAAGAAGGAAGGGACAGGACAGGAGCAAUGGUGGCGCCUGGGGAAGCAUGAGUAGGAGAAAGCCCGGCCGGUUAUGAAGCUUCCAUGGCCUCCCAUUUCGCUUCCUACGCAUUCUCUCCCUCGCCCCAGAACGACACCCCACGGAACCGGUCGCUCCCCAAGAGAUCCCUCCCUGCCUUUCUCAGCACCGGAGCUCCCUCCUAUAACACUCUUGUGUCCGAGGCGGUUAGGUUAUUAAUCCCGCCCGCAAGAUUUGAAGCCUCGAAACUGAAAGUCGAUAUCCUUGUGGAAGAGGUGGGCAAAUACUCUGGGGUUAUCCCCAGAACAUAUAUCUUAUCACACUGUGAUUUCACAGCUAAUCUGACCUUAACCAUCUCCAAUGUCAUCAGCAUUGAACAGUUAAAGGGAUGGUACAGUCGGGAUGAUGUGGUUGCGGAGUGGAAGGAGGUCAACAAGGAAAUGUGCCUACAUGUACAUUGUUAUGUGAGUGGGCCCAAUCCUGUUCUUGACAUUGCUGCCGAGUUUCGGUAUCAUAUCUUCUCGAAGGAGUUGCCUCUGGUACUAAAAUCUGUUCUGCAUGGGGAUUCGGUGCUUUUCACCAAGCAUCCUGAGCUAACGGAGGCUGUAGUCUGGGUUUACUUUCACUCGAGCUCUCCAAAGUACAAUCGAAUGGAAUGCUGGGGGCCUCUCAAGGAUGCUGCUGAGGGAAGGGAAGGAGAACAGAUUAGGGGAUUCUUAACAGGAGGCAAGAACGGUUCGACCCCUGCAGGGAAGCUGGGAAGCCGAAAGUCUUUAUUCCAAGCUCUCUUCGCCUUCCUUCUGUAAAGAUACUACUGUACAGGCAACACGGAUUUGCAGCGCAUGAGGAUUAAUUCAGCUGACGGGCAUUAUGCUAACACCGAGAAGAGCUUUAUUCCCUGAAAAGGAACUCCGAAGCUCAUAUUGCAUGAGAAACUGAUUCAUCCGGUCAUUUCAAUUCAUUCUCAGCCGACACUCAUUUUCGGCUGGAAACGUCUGAUUAUUCUUCUGCAACUGAGGCCUUCAUUUGUUCAUGUCUUUGAUGAACACCUGAAUUGCAUUUGUCCUUCAAACGUGUAAAACAUUCUACUGCAUUGUUUUUGCACUCUUCUUGUCAACGAGACGAACUUCUUAAUGUCAGAAUUGGCCAUAGACCUUUCACCAAGGA